AUGUUUGCCGAAACAUUUUACGAUGGAUUCGUGCACUCUACUGAGCAGCUCCUCCGAGAAUCACUUGUGCACCAGGCUCAACGCCACUCUCCGGUACUUGAGCUACAAGACUUUUGCUUUGGUGUGGGUGCGUUAUUUGUCUUCCAUAAUAUCACUUCGACACGAGUAUUCCGGACUUUGAGGACGACGAGUGCUCGUAAGCUUCAAGAUCUCCAGCGGAAAGUCGAUUUCAUUACAGGUAAAUUGGACAGAGCAAGCGAAAAGCAGGACGUCCCGCGUCAAACGCGAAACUCCAAAGUCCAAGCUAUCAAGCAAAACCUCGACGAGCAACUACUACUCGGCCGUGUCGUCAAGGACCUAGCGACGACUGCGAAGCCCAAAGAUAAACAAAAGGGCGCGGUUUCGACUCCGGCUCCCGCUCGUAAACCGAAACAGAAGGACGACAAAGCGACACCGAGACCGACGCCAGAUGCGGAAUCGAUCAGCACCGCUCCGAAACGGAAGGGACGUCCUCCAAAGAUCUCGCGGAAUGUUCAACCGAUCCGCGCAAUCUCACCUACCUCUGCGUACAGAGGCGGAACAGGCAAGAAUGCUGCGUUACUAGAGAACACUCUCAGGGCUACUGCAGUGAUGAACAACGCUAUGGCUCCCCCGCCUGCGCCUGCACCAACAAUGCUCCAUUUGGAGGUCCCUUCUGGGAGUGGGCGAAAGGUGAAUCCGACGCCCAAGGCUGAAGAGCUUAUGCAGACGCGAGCAAGGGCGAAGGCUCGAGUGGAAAAGAAGGCGGUAGGAUCGCUUACGAAAGAUGUCGGCAUGUCUACUCGUUCGUUGACUGGGAAGGCUGGACCAUCUACUCCGACACCUCAACCCCUCGUUAGGAAGAGAAAGCUUGGUGACUGA